GCCAGCAGCGACGGAAGCCCAAGAGGGCCGCUUCCGGCCCCGGCGCCCGUUUCCAAGAUGGCUGAUGCAGCCUCAGUCGCACGGGGCGGUGCAAGAAGGGGCGGCCAAAGACCGCAGACGGCAUGUUACGGACAGCGCUGAGCCGUGUGCCCACACUACUGCGUAUUGUGCGGACCCGGAAUCCCGGCCCGGAGCGGCUCUGGGAUUCGGGGGCUCGUCUGAGGACCGCGGAGAGACAGCGGGGCUGGGCCUGGGGCUGGCGGAGCUCAAGCUCCGCGGCGGGAUCCGGGCCUGGGGCGGCGCUGGGGCGCGUGGAGGCGGACCACUACCAGCUCGUCUACACCUGCAAGGUCUGUGGGACUCGGUCAUCCAAGCGCAUCUCCAAGUUGGCCUAUCACCAAGGUGUGGUCAUCGUUACCUGCCCUGGCUGCCAGAACCACCACAUCAUUGCCGACAACCUAGCCUGGUUUUCUGACCUGGAGGGCAAGAGGAACAUUGAAGAGAUCCUAGCAGCCAGAGGAGAGGAGGUACGCCGAGUGUCUGGUGAGGGUGCCCUGGAACUGAUUCUGGAGGCUGCUGAACCGCCUGCCGCCCCAGAAGGGGGUGAGGAUCCCAGCCUCCCUGGCAAGACUGAACAGAGCUGACUUGUACACUCCUACCGUUGUGGACUUGUGCCCUCCAAAAGUUACUCCAUUCACCUAGAACCUCUCAAGCCUGGGCUGUUCCUUGUCAGUAAACAGGCGUCACCUCCAGGUGCUGGGUGGGCUCCUGUUUUCCUUUUCCGAAGUCAGAGCACCUCUGUGGCUCUAGGACCGCAGCCUUGUGAGCAUAUCCCCCACCCCACCCCACCCCACCCCCAGCCUUGUGGCCUCUGGCAGUCUCUGUUCCUCAGGGCUCUACUACUUCCUUCUGUGUGCCCUGCUCUCUGCUGGCUAGCACUGGGAGCUUCCAUUGUGUGAGCUAGUGUCCAGCCCAGCCCUGAGGCAUGGCUUUUGUCUGCUCAGUGCGUAGACCCAUAGGGUACUGCUCAGAGGCUUGGAAGAAGGGUGAUCCCAGCUGCCUGCACCUCAAAAUGCUUCUUCCUGUGCCGGGGCCUAAGGAGAUGUGUGGCAGUGAUGAGGGCCACAUCAUGCCUGCCAUGGUGGGCGGUUCAUCUCCCAGCGUCCUUUGACACGCCUUCAGGAUGCUCUUGUGUUUAGGAAAACAAGCAGAUGCAAGACCAGGCCGGGCUGUCUGCAGGAGUCCCUGGGCCCCGUGACCUUCCACAUUAAUCACCAGCCCAUCUGGCAGGGAAGGACCUGGGACAGGAGGGGCGGAGAAGGCAGCCGAGGGGAGUGUGACAGUCACACAAUGCCGCCCUGUCUCCUGGGACCCAGCUAGUGAUUAGCAGUUCACUCUAGGCCGUGGGAGGCCGGGUGCACUUGCAGACUGUGUCUCCACUCCAUUACCCCGUCCUUCCCUCAGCCAACACCCUGCUAUUAUCCCCACCCAGGGCCUCCUGUGCCAUCUGUGCCAACUGUCACAGUCCCAGAGGCAGAACCAGCCCCCACCUCCAGCCUGCUCCCUGUGGAGGACACAGAGGUCGGAGGGGACCGACUCCCUUGCACGAAGGCCUUCAAGUGCAGGAGGCCAGUGGAACCUGGUGAGGCUGCCUUGUUGCCUUCAAGGGUCUGGACCAGAGUUCGGCUAGACUUGAUGGUGCAGAGCUGGGUCUAGAUCAGUUCUGGAUGGGAAGUCAAAGCGCAUGGUUUGGACUUAGCUGUGUGUGCCUUCUGCAUGCUGCUGCUCCCCAUCUGGGGCUGCUCCGGAGUCGUCCCUUCCAGGGAGGCUCUCCUGGACAUCAAGGUUUCACUUUUAAGCCUCACCUUCCACACAGACCAUUAUUGCACAGUCCAUACCCCGACCCUGGACCACUGUUCCCAAUCAUGGCGGCUUGGAGUUGUUCUGACUAAGUAGUUAGGCUGUCUGUUCCUUCCUCCCUCGGUGGAGACUUUAAGGUACCACUCCAACAGCCUCUUGGCCAGCUCAGUGUUUCCAGUGCGACUUCUAUCGAGAGGCUUGGCCCUCACCAUAUUCCCUUCCCACGGCAGCUCCUUCCAAAGUUGGCCUCCCAGCUCCUAAGUCUUUCCAGCCUGCCUGGAAGAGUGGCUGCCUCUAGAGGCACCACAGUCCUCCAGACUCCCGACGACUUCUCUAGGGUUGUUUAUUGGUCUUAGCCUGUGUUGCCUCCUUUGGCCUAGGUCAGGCCUCUCCUAAAGGGCCCAAUCAGACUUGAGCUCCAUGGGAUGCUGCUCACCCACCGCAUGAACACUGAGGUCAAGCCAGGUCCUCUCCCAGCUCCUCUGUUGCGUGGACUUGGCAUAAUCUAGUCCCGGUAAAGUGAACUGCUAGGAUGAAGGAAGCCCUGUGGCUGGAGCUAAUCCAAUCAGGCUGAGGCUGCUCAGAAAGGCCAGUCCUCAGCAGUUUGCACAGUGACGUCCCUGGCCUCUGCCACCUGUCUCCGGAAAGGCAGGACAAUGAACAGCAGAGGACGCAGCCCGUAGAGGCCCUGGCCCCAGCCCCUCAUUGUUACACACAGCAGGGACAUAUUCCUCAUGAUCUCGGCCUGUAUGCUGGAGGACACUGCAUUGGACAAGCCAGUCCCGUGUCCUGGGAAGGCUGAUACAAAUUCCAACAGAAGCCACACUCACUUGGCAGACUUUUAUUUUUGGGUCAAACAAAAACGUACCUCUCGGGUUGGAAAGAACCCGUGGAUAACAUGGCAAACACAUGUGAGCAAUAAAUACGCAUGUACAUUCAA